AUGAGCGACUGUGCUACAACUCUUCCUGCGUCCUGGUAUACCAGCAGUGGCAUCGGCAGCCUGGAGAAACGGGCAGUCUUCUUCAGAUCAUGGGUAUUACUUGGUGCUGUCACAAAAUUUCCUGAAAAGCAAGUGGAUUACAAGCACGAGCUCGCCCAGGUUGACUUUACGGUUCGCCGAGAGGAAAGUGACUGGAGGUCCAUCAAAGUUUUCAAGGACAGUGAUGGUUCGGAAAUGCGAAGCCACCUGACCCCCACAGGUCUCCUUUUCUUGACGCUUUCUGACGAGACAUGUGCCUUUGAGGACUUUUUCCCGGGUUUUGAGGCGUUGACUGCACACGCAGACUUCACCCAGUUUCCUCUGAGGCGCCCCCUCAGAUACACAAGUAACAACAACUGGAAGGCUGCAGUCGAUGCGUAUCAGGAGUGUCUUCACUGCGCAUACGCACAUCCCGAGUUUGCAAAGAUCUACAACCCCUCCGUUUAUCAAGUGGUGAAUAAGCACAACUAUUCCCAGCACAUGGCUGGGUCCAGCAGCCAAGCGAAGGGACUGAAGGAGGCGGGACUCUUCUUCUACUUCUUCCCAAACUGUACGCUGAGCAUGUACGCAGGUGGCUUGACUUGCUGGCGCAUCAACCCCACAGAAGAACCUGGAAAGUCACGUAUGGAAUUCGAUUACUAUCACCAGGCGCCUCUCGACAGCGAGGAAUUUGAGAAUUAUUACCGCUUUGCUCGUAACGUUGCUCUUGAGGAUAUUGAGCUCUGCGAGAAGGCGCAGACAAAUUAUAAUGUCGGCAUCUACUCGGAAGGCCUCCUCAAUCCCCAAAAGGAGAAUGGUGUUGCCUACUUUCAUCAGCGCGUCCUUGAGCUGUGUUCCGCCCAGUUCGAAAAAGAAAAUACAGAAGGGCCUUCUCCAUUCCAUGUGCAGACCAGCGCAGUAGCUGUGGGUGAGGUUUUGGCUUAA